GACAAGUAUCUGUCAGACAUGGAGGAGCUCUUCUGUCAAGUGGACGAGAAGAGGAAGAAGCGAGAGAUCCCCGACUUCCUGUGUGGAAAGAUCAGCUUUGAGUUGAUGAGAGAGCCGUGUAUCACUCCCAGCGGGGUCACGUACGACCGCAAAGACAUCGAAGAGCACCUGCAGCGAGUCGGCCAUUUUGACCCGGUGACGCGCUCUCCUCUGACCCAAGAUCAGCUCAUCCCAAACCUCGCCAUGAAGGAAGUCAUUGAUGCUUUUAUUUUGGAGAACGGUUGGGUGGAGGACUACUGACCGACGGGAGGAAGGAGGGAAGUUACUUUACGGUUGAAGGCUGCAACAAAUCCCAAACUCUCUAAAUUAAACUCAACUGUGUCUGUUACAGGAACAAAAAGGAUCCUGUGAAACAUUAUAAUGAGAAACUUUAUCUCAAUAAUGACUCAGUAUCACACAGUCAAUAUUCUGAGAAAGCUUCUCAUUAUAAUGUCUUACUGAAUCACAUUGAGUCCAGACUUUUGGUCCAUAGUUUGAUGAUCAGUGAUCGAUGAAGUGAUUUAAUAGGAGGAAGAAAAAGGUAAAAAAAAAGACCCUGAAUAUAUAAAACGAGGAGAAAUGCGUGAAAUCAGAAAAUAAGAGUCAUAAAAUCAAGAGAAAGAAAAGGAAAAGUUGCUUAAAAUGUGCAAGUAUUUGUUCUGAAACAUCACUAGAGGGGGCCGAUUGUUCAACCUGCAACAUGUUUUUACCAACAGUGGAAGAAGAUUAAAAAAAAGACUCUUAAAUAAGUAAUACUGUUAUAAGUAAAAGUUAUACUUAAAAGUCAAAUUGUACAAAUAAGUAACAGAAGUAGAAAUCCUCAUUUGGCCCCAUUCAGUUUUAUUAUUAUAUUUAUUACAUUAUUGAUGUUUUAUGUGUAAACAGCUGCAGCUAAUGUAGCUUAUUAGUUCUGUAUUAGAAAUCAUGAUUUGAAGAGUAACUUGUAACUAAAAAGCACAAUAUUUCCCUCUGAAGUGCAGGAAUAUAACAUUUAUCCAAACAUUUGCUUUAUUCCAGUUCAAAGACUUCAUCACUGAUUGAUCCACUGCAGUUUUAUGCAGUUUUAAAAUAUUUUAUUGUUGCUGUUACUGGAAAUAUAUUAAAGACAACCACAGACACAGAAACUCUGGAACAAUAAUGUGUGUUUGAUGUGGUUUUCCCACCAAAAUGACCUCCACAUCCACUCGUUUUCCCUCCAGAAUAUGUGAAUAUCUUUAAUUUAAAGAGUAAAACAACUUCUUCACUGUCAAACUCAGUAGACAAAUGUUAACUGAAUUAAAUGUAAAUGAGUGCUUGUUUCCGUCCAAGGCUGCUGUGUAUGAAGAGAUAAACAGCAGGUGGCGCUAAUUCUCCGGUCUGUCCCAUUAAAGCGUUGUAGAAGAAGAAGACACAACGAGGUGAUGGUUGAAAGAGCUCCAGGUCAAAGGUCAAACGAUGGAAAUCAGACAUUUCUGUUGUGAGAAUGUUUAACGUACUAAAUCAUUUAUUUUCGCACUUUGUCACAUUUUGAUUUUAUCGAUAAACUUCAGCCAUCAUUAAUUAAAUGCUUAAAAACUGACCAAAAUUUGCCCCGACAGCAGCUGUCGCUCAGCACGACAUCGCAGAUUUCGUUGCUGUGAUUUGGUCGUCAAUCCAAUUUACCCUUCUUAAGCCCCGCCCCUUUUUGGACCUCGGUCACAUUCCUCCUUUCCUGUACUUAGAUAUGCUACGUGCUACGCUAAUGUUGAAAAGACAACCACAUUUUGAAGAUUAUUAAAUAUAAAAUAUAUAUAUAUAUAUAUAUAUACAUGGAUUAGCCUAGCACGUAGCAUACCUACAGUACAGGAAAGGAGGAAGUUGAUCGAGGCUAGCUCAACUGUGAUUGGAGCACAGAGCAAAAAGGGACGGGGCUUAGGAAGAGUCUGAACUGUAUCUCUGAGCAGUUACUGAUUGGUGUCAUUUCACAAUAAGUAUUGAUCGUCUGUUAAUGGACAACCUGCUGACUACAAUCCGGAGCUGAUCGUUACUUUAGGUGUAAAUGUGGAACGUUGCGUUUGCUGGCAAACUAUAAAAUGGGAAACUGUAGCGUUACGUCUCAGAGUGUUUGUUUGUUAAAUAAACUCUGGACCAGUUUUUGUUGUAAACAUGAAUCAGUAAAUUGAGAUCUUAGUUAAAGAUUGUUUGCUCGUGAUCUCCUUUAUCGUCCCUUUAAUUGUUAAUAUUGCUGCGUUUUAACGCCACAUGUGCACAUUUAUCAGCCAUCUUACAUCAGACCUCAGUGGCGUUCUCAUACUGGAGCCUGAUAAUCAACAUUUAGUCAUUUAUUUGUUUAUAUGGAAUCUCUAAACCGUCAUAUAAUCAUUCACUUCUUUAAUGCCGUUUAAUGUUAUUGCGAGUUAAUUAUCUCGGGAAUUUAUCUCUGAGAACAAAAGGCAGAUUUCUUGAGAUAAUAAAUACUUUAUAAGAAUCAUAAGAGUGGAGUUUCAAAGCUGUUUCCAUUGGUUGAAAGGAUGUUUUCCCUUCUGUGAUUUGAAAUGAGGGAUUUUACAUUAUGUCUCAUUACAAACAUUCUUACAGCUACACUUCGUAAAGGUCACGUUGUUUAGUUUGACACACCCGACAGAGCAAUGUGUGUACGUCAUAGUCUGUCCAGAUUAAUCAACCUCACCGUUGUUGUACCGAGAUAAAAGAUAAAAGAAAUCUUUGCAUUUAUGACGGUUCAGGGCUUCCAUAGUUUCACCCACAAUUUGCUGUUUGAUGUUUGUUUCUCUUCAAAUGUGACGAUUACAAUCCAGCUUUGACUCAAUCAAGUGAACGUCUGAUUUAAUGACAACAACCGAGCAGAUUUACAUCUUUUCUUUGUUUUUCUUCACAGAAACCAGUUUUCAGUCAUUUUCUGUUUUCAGACAUUCGACCAAAAAAAGACGAAACAAAACAAAUGUGUUUGAAAACGUGAUCAAAAUAAACGUUCCAUGUUUUCUACGUC